AUGUUGUCCACCGCCUCAAGACGCGUUGAAAAUGCUCCGGAGCUCGCUGAGAACAUCUUGAACGGUUUUAAACUCAACUGGAUGAACUUGCGCGAUGCGGAAACCGGAAAAAUCCUCUGGCAGAGCACUGAAGACAUGGCUGAUCCGCAAAAGGAGCAUGAAGCACACGUUCCAAAAAGCAUUCUCAAGUGUCGUACCGUUUCGCGAGAGAUCAACUUCACAUCGCAGCACAAAAUCGAGAAGUUCCGCUUGGAACAGCGCGUGUUUCUCAAGGGAACAAUGAUUGAAGAAUGGUUUUUCGAGUUUGGUUUCGUGAUUCCUGAUUCAACAAACACUUGGCAAAAUAUGAUUGAAGCGGCGCCAGAAUCCCAAAUGCUUCCGCCGUCUCUUCUAAGUGGAAAUGUGGUCGUCGAAACGCACUUCUACGACGGCGAUAUUCUCGUGUGCACAUCAAAAGUCCGUCUUUUCUACGAUUAA